AUGGACCGGUUGGUCAAGUCACAUGUAACAGAACUUAACAUUGUGUUCAAACCAGACCACAAAUGUUGCACAACUUUUGAGUUGACCAACUUGAUGCACACCUUGCCUGUUGCUGUUUUUCUUGAUACAACUAACCCGUCUCUCCUUUCGUUUGCGCACCCGAUUUCGGUUAUUCCACCGUUAGGGACUUCGUCUUUCACCCUCCGGUGUCAACCGUCUCAUCAACCGCCAUUUCUCGCCCAUGCGCCCAAUGUUAUUGUUCGGUCAUCAAUGGUACUCACAGGGAAAACGGAUCACGAGAGCCUAUGUGUCAUGUUUUCCAAACCGGGCCCGCGUGUUUUUAAAGAUGCUACGAUUCCCGUAUCUUUUGUCGGGCCACAAGUGGUCGAUUUUCUUCUCUCGACGCCUCGCUAUGCCAAAACCGUUGACAUCCCGUUAAUUCUAGCGAAAUCGGUCCGGUUUUGUAGCGAGUUUGAUCUUAACUCUUUGCUAAAGUCAGCUGCCAUGUUUGGGAAUUAUUACUUUGUUACAUUUUUUAUAAAUAAUAACGCGGAUGUAAAUAAGCGGGACGCGAACGGAAGUUCGGUGAUGUCGUCGGCGAUCAGGUCGGGAAAUGUGGAUGUGGUUCGGGCUAUAGUCGAGUCGGGUUUUGUGAUUGACCAUAAGGUUGACCGGUUUUUACACGAAGCGGCUACGGUGAACGGGGUAGAUAUAAUGGAAGUGUUGUGUAUGAGUUAUUUAGAUCUAGAUAUAAACUCGGUAGAUUCACGAGGCCAAACGCCUCUACAUAUAUGCGCAUAUCGCGGUCACUUGGAAGCGCUUGAGUUUCUAAUUACAUUAGGGAGUGACCCUGAUGUUGUGGAUAAUAACGGGUGGACCCCGCUUCAUUGCGCGUCAAGUGAAGGACAUGUGAAGGUUGUCGAGUUUUUGCUAAACUCGUGUACUUACGUGAAGUACGCAUUGACCAAAGAGGGAAAGUCCGCUAUAGCGCUUGCAUAUGAAAAUGAUCAUAGGGAUUUAUAUGAUAUGUUGUAUCUAGGAGACGUCUUGCAUAAAGCGGCGACGAUAAAUGAUGUUAACGGGCUCGAGAAAUGCUUAGUCGAAGGUGCGAAUGUGAAUGGGAAAGACCAAAAUGGGUGGACUGCUUUACAUAGAGCGGCUUUUAAGGGUCGGGUUGAAAGUGUGGAACUUUUGCUAGAUCACGGUGCACGUGUUGAUCUAGUGGAUAACACUGGGUUCACGGCUCUGCAUCGAGCCGUGGAGGCAGGCCACAAUGAAGUGGCCGUGCUGCUACUGGCUCGAGGAGCUAGGGCUAACUUGAAGUCUCUUAUUGAUCAUAAAGGUCAUGAUUUAGAUUGUUUUAAUAAGCAUCAUUCACCCAUGGCUUCUCUUAUUUGGUAA